AUGAUCACCAUUUCGUUUGUGUGCGCUGUAACGAUCGUGCACCGACAGUCGCCGGUUCCAGAUGCGGUAAAUCAAGCACAUCAAGCUGUAGAGCAGCAAGGGCACGAACUUCAACGCCUUGAAAAAGAGCGUCAACUGGAGAGAAAUUACAUAGGGAAAAAAUAUGAUAUACUACAAGGCCAACUGGAUGAGGUAGGAGAAGGAGGUAGUGUAAAGAGUCGCCGCUCACGUCGCAGUACGCAGAGGACCCAAGAUUGGGUAAUGAACAAGGCAAUUACGACUACGAGCAUCAAUACCGGGAUGUCGCAAAUCCCCGUAUGUUUACCGUCGCGGACUGGUGCAAUACCAAAGGAAACUCCUCUAGUACCAGCACAGCAUAGAUCGACUAGCAACACUAUCACCAGACCCGAGGAUCGAUCCGGUAUCGCUAGAACACCGAUUCCGCACACUACGAUGAAAUCACCGGAUCGCCAGGCACUUCCCACACUCACCGAUAGUAGAUCAUCACAAAUACCAACUACGAAUGAAAUAGUAUGCAAUCCGACGAGUAACGUAGAAGCGAAUCGUCAAAUUUCGAGUAUGCCAACUUCGACCAUGACGUCUACAGUACAAGUGAUCAACGAAACAGCGAAACGAAACACUACCGGUUCGCAUGACAUCUCUUCCGAUCAUCGUAAUCGACCAACUGUGGUGGACUUCAAUAUUUCCGCAACGCCGACGUCAGAAGAAUUGACAAAGCAACUGUUCGAGCUCCAGGCAAGGAUGAACUCCCUGCGGAUGCAGCUGGCGGCUAAGCAGUCCGCUCAACCAUCAGUGGUCAGCAGUCGUUCAACCAUCGGUGCUCAUUCAGUCGCACAGCACAACCAGCCUCCGUUAUCAUUACCCAUGCCGGAAAGAAUUCCGUUAUACGAGUUUCCCGUAAGCAGUUCGGCUUUCAUACCGCCACACAGAAGCACUCCUCAAUCGAAUGCGAAUUCCUCUUCCGUUCAUACAGUCUCCGCUUGCUUAUCCCCGAUAGUUACUCCUAUGGUUAGUUACACGGCAACAAAUUCGACUUCCAUUCACGAGGUACCAGUUUCCCCACCAUUGUCAUUUCACGGUCCCAGCUCACAGCAACUCGCUGCCAGACAUGUCGUCCCCAGGGAGCUACCAUGUUUCUCAGGAGAUCCCGUCGAGUGGCCGUUGUUCCUGAGCAGUUUCCGAAAUUCGACUGAAAUGUGUGGUUACUCGGAAGGCGAAAAUUUGAUGCGUCUGCAGCGAUGCCUAAAAGGAAACGCAUUGGAAGCAGUUAGGAGUUAUUUGAUGCAGCCUUCUUCGGUCCCGUUGAUUAUGCAAACAUUGAAGACAUUGUACGGGCGUCCAGAACUGAUCAUCAACUCACUAUUGGUUAAAGUGCGUUCCACUCCGACGCCGAAACCAGAGCGGUUAGAAACUAUAAGUAGCUUUGGUCUAGCGUGUAAAAACCUGUGUCAGCACCUUCAAGCAGCAGGACUGCACUCACAUCUAUCAAAUCCUUUAUUGUUGCAGGAGCUUGUGGAAAAGUUACCAGUCAAUAUCAAACUGAACUGGUCUCUCUUCAAACGGACUCGUCCUAUUGUUGAUCUUUCCACCUUCGGUUCGUUCAUGGACGAGAUUGUGGUUGCAGCAAGUGAUGUCACUUUCACCCACGAUAUAGAUGGUCAACGAGCUGGCAAGCAGGAUAAACAAAAACCAAAAGAAAAAUUAUUUGUGAACGCACACAAUACUGAGAAAUCUACACACUACCCAAUCAGCGGAUCAAACAAUUUGAAUCGUAAGGAAUAUCAACCUAAACCCUGUACAGCCUGUGAGAAGGACGGUCAUAAAAUCAAGGACUGUACCACCUUUCGGAACUUGACGCUUGGUGACCGUUGGAAACUAGUCCAAGAACGGCGAUUGUGUCGGCGAUGUCUGAUUGGUCACGGAAAAUUUCCGUGUAAAGCAGGGUUGUGUGGUGAAAAUGGAUGCGAGGACAGACACCACAAACUCCUCCAUCCCGGAAAACCAGGAUCAUCGCAGACGAUCGAUGUCCCGAAUACUAGAAGCACAGUAACAAUCCAUCGUCAUCUUCAGUCUUUAAUUCUUUUCCGAGUGAUUCCAGUGACGCUGCACGGCAACGGAAGGGCCAUUCAGACGUAUGCGUUCCUUGAUGACGGCUCAUCGACCACACUGGUAGAAUCAGCAACUGCGCGAAAGCUAGGACUAUCAGGCGAUAUCCAUCCCCUCUGUCUGCAAUGGACUAGUGACAUUGAGCGCAUGGAAGGUGACUCACAACUAGUCAAGAUGGAGAUCUCGAGCCUGGGGAGUUUGAAGCGGCACGUUCUGAAAAAGGUGCACACUGUGAAGAACUUGAAUCUUCCAGUUCAAUCGCUGGACUACUCAGUACUGCGUAAACAGUUUCCACAUCUUCGUGGUUUACCCGUGCACAGUUAUGAAUCAGCAUCUCCUACAAUUCUGAUAGGUCUGGACAACUCAUUCCUAAAGGCAACCUUGAAGCUUCGGGAAGGUUCAAAAGGUGAUCCGAUGGCGGCCAAAACAAGGUUGGGUUGGACAAUUUAUGAAACGUUGAACGCAGAAGCAAAAACGGCAGUUCAUCAUCAGUUCCAUAUUUGCGCUCAUUCGUCGGAUGAGGACCUACACAAUUUAGUGAAGGAGUUUUUUAAGGUAGAAGCCGUAGGAUCGGGCAAAUCAUCCGUGGUGGAAUCUGACGAUGACCAGCGUGCGCGUAAGAUACUGGAGAAUACAACCGUUCGCACAGCCUCUGGAAAGUUCCAAGUUGGCUUAUUGUGGAAAUACGAUUGCAUUGAAUUCCCGAACAGUAAGCCCAUGGCCGAAAGGCGGUUGCGAUGUUUAGAACGCCGUCUGGCAUCCAAACCCGAGUUAUACGAUAAAGUUAGACAUCAAAUGCAACAAUAUCAAGCUAAAGGAUACGCACACAAAGCUGAUCCUGAGGAGCUCAGUAACUUUGACCCUCGACGAACCUGGUACCUGCCCUUAAACGUGGUCAUGAACCCAAGGAAACCGAACAAGGUGCGGUUGGUCUGGGAUGCUGCGGCAAAAGUUCAAGGCCAAUCAUUGAACUCCGCUCUGUUGGCUGGUCCCGAUUUGCUCGCACCGCUUCCUUCAGUUUUGUGUCCUUUCCGACAGUUCGAGGUGGCCAUCAGUGCAGACAUACUCGAGAUGUUCCAUCAGCUCUUUAUUAGACCGGAAGACAAAUCAGCGCAACUGUUUCUGUGGCGAGACGAUCCCUCCAACCCGUAUGAAAUCUUCGUUAUGGACGUCGCGAUAUUCGGCGCUUCAUGUUCGCCGUCGGCAGCUCAGUUCGUGAAAAACCUAAACGCUCAGGAGUUCUCUGAUCAGUAUCCACUAGCAGCAAAAGUGAUAGUGGAGCAUCAUUAUGUUGACGAUUUUGUAUACAGUACAAACACCGUGAAUGAAGCAGUCGAACUAGCGCAGCUGGUGAAAGAAGUACAUUCUAGAGCUGGAUUCACCAUACGCAACUGGUUGUCCAAUUCCCCCGAAGUAAUCUCACGGGUCGGGGUUCCAGGAAUGGAGUUGUCCAAAUGUUUCGAGGUAGCAAAAACGGCCACCCAAGAACGAGUUCUUGGUCUAGUUUGGAAGCCAGAUCCUGAUGUUUUUGUGUUCCAAGGACUAUUCAGAGAAGAGAUCCGAUCACUGCUAGACGACACUGUUAUUCCGACAAAAAGACAAACUCUAAGAGUUGUCAUGAGUAUAUUCGACCCCUUGGGAUUGGUAGCUGUAGUUGUAGUCCACGGUAAAAUAUUGCUACAAAACAUCUGGCGGUGCAAGACGGAUUGGGACCAUUCCAUACCAGACGAAUUACUCGAUGCAUGGAGACGAUGGACUAAACUGUUGAAGCAACUCGAGCAGGUCCAAAUCCCCCGCUGUUAUUUUCCUGGAUAUUCCGAUAGAAGUUAUCAUUCCUUGGAGUUGCAUAUUUUUGUAGAUGCAAGUGAAGAAGCGUACGCUGCCCUGGCUUAUUUUCGCAUCGUGGAUAGCUCUGGAGUGCGCUGCUCACUUGUCUCGGCGAAGACAAAAGUGGCUCCCCUGAAACCGCUCUCAAUCCCUAGAUUAGAGUUGCAGGCGGCUGUUCUUGGUGCAAAACUUUCAAAAUCGGUAGAAGACAAUCAUACACUGUCGAUAGUUCGCAGAGUGUUGUGGACCGACUCUAGCACCGUACUUUCCUGGUUAAGGUCGGAUCAACGAAAAUAUCGGCAAUACGUUGCAUUUCGUGUGACGGAAAUUCUCGAGCUUACACAGGUGGACGAGUGGCGGUGGGUUCCUUCACGCUGGAAUGUAGCCGACGAGGCAACCAAAUGGGGCAAGGGCCCUAACAUAAGUAGCAGCAGUCGUUGGUUUCAAGCACCAGCAUUCCUGUAUCAAGAGCCAGAUACCUGGCCACAGCAAGGUCCAUGUGUGGUUGAAAUAACGGAGGAGCUUCGUACAAUACACCUUCAUUGUCAUCUCAUCAGGCAGCAACUUAUAGAUUUCGAAAGAUAUUCAAAGUGGGAGCGAUUAGUGCGUGCGAUAGCGUAUGUGUACAGGUUUAUAGACAACUGUCGCCGUAAAAUCGAGAAUUACUCAACGGAACUAUCUGGGUGGUUGAACCAGAACGAGUUGCAGAAAGCGGAAUGGACUAUCUUCAAGCUCAUUCAGCACGAAGCAUACGGAGAUGAGAUUGUGACCUUUAAUAGAAACCAGCAUCUUCCAGUGGACCAGCGGCUAAAGCUCGAGAAGACUAGUAAAAUCGUUAAACUAACCCCUGUGUUGGACGACCAAGGUGUUUUGCGUAUGGAUAGUCGUAUCACCAAUGCACAGCAAUUCUCCACAGAUUUCAAGUUCCCGAUAAUUCUUCCCAAAGGUCAUUACGGGACACAGCUGCUCGUUGACUGGUAUCAUCGUCAAAGCAAGCACAUCAACACGGAAACAGCGGUGAACGAGAUGCGUCAGAAGUUCUAUGUGUCAGAGAUGCGUUCUGCGUUCAGGAAGGCUAAGAAAGUGUGUCAGUGGUGUAGGAUCUACAAGGCGACUCCAGUGGUUCCAAGGAUGGCUCCACUUCCUCCAGCAAGAACUGUCACCCAUAUCCGCCCAUUCAGCUACGUUGGUGUGGAUUAUUUCGGACCUGUGUUGAUCAGGCAAGGUCGCAGUGAGGUGAAGCGUUGGGUCGCCCUUUUCACCUGUCUGACGAUUCGUGCCGUGCAUCUAGAGGUAGUGGCGAGCAUGUCAACGGAAUCCUGCAAGAUGGCUUUUCGACGGUUUAUUGCAAGAAGGGGCGCUCCAGCUGCAAUAUACAGCGAUCGGGGAACCAAUUUCGUAGGUGCUAGCCGUGAACUGGAGCAAGAGCUACAGAAAAUCGAUCAGGGAUUGGCAGCUACAUUCACCAACGCGGAAACUCAGUGGUAUUUCAAUCCGCCAUCUGCACCGCACAUGGGGGGGUCUUGGGAACGCAUGGUUCGGUCUGUAAAGUGUGCGUUAGCUUCACUCUCCACCAUUCGGAAGCCAAACGAGGAGACCUUCAACACUCUGCUGAUCGAGGCCGAAUCAAUGGUGAACUCGAGACCACUCACCUACAUGCCGAUUGAGUCCGAGGGUCACGAGGCGUUGACUCCGAACUGCUUCCUGAUGCUAAGCACCAGUGGAGUGAAUCAACUUCCUAAGAUGCUAGUCGACGAAAGGGUAAUAUUGAAUUCGAACUGGAACUUGUAUCAACAGCUAUUGGACCAGUUCUGGUGUCGUUGGGUUCGUGAAUACCUCCCAACAAUCACAAAGCGAUCCAAAUGGUUUACUGACUGCAAACCGAUCGAGUCUGGUGACCUAGUGGUCGUGGUUGAAGAUCGUCUACGCAACGGAUGGAUUAGAGGUCGAGUGCUACGUGUAUUUCCGGGUCGUGAUGGGCGAGUGCGAAGCGCAGAGGUGAAGACCGCUACAGGAGUGUUGCAAAGACCGGUAGCAAAGUUGGCGGUCCUGGAGAUUGGUGGUAUAGCUAGAGAGCACUCCAAGCAAUACGGGUCGGGGAAUGUUACGAUCGACAACCGGUCAGCAAGUAACGGUAGCGAAAUUGUUAAUCCAUCUACCUUCGAAACCCCCUCGAAAUAA